UAAUUAUUUCGUUUUUCAAGUGGAAAUCAUCAUUUUAGUGAUAUUUUCUUAAUUAAAUAGUGUCGAGAGAUUGAUAAUCAGUUGCAGUGAUAGUGACAGUAAAAUUGUGAUAGAUAUUGACUGAUAUUGAAACUGUUGAUGAGUCUUAGCGAUUUGUUAGGAUGAGGAUAAGACGGUUAUGCUGGGUGUUGCUGACAGUCGUGCUACUGUCCCCGAUCCAUGCCAAGAAGAAUGCUGACAAUAUUGAUGUUAACGAUGGCGAGAAAGCUCAAGAGAAGAUACCGACAUUGAAGGUGUUCGACGAGGACAAAAACAAAACAAGCAAAGUACAAGAAGUAGUGGCAUCCGCGAUGAAAAUACCGGAAAAGCGCGAACAAAUUGGCGAAGUAAUACCAAUAAUGCGUAGCAUGUCUCCGCCACAAAAAUUGGCAAUGGCGACGAUAAUUUCUACGAGAAUAUCCAAUAACGAAACGACUUUUCCGCCACUCGAGGAAGCACAAUCUCUCUUAGGCGACGGGAAUCAACGAGAAAAUGCGAGCAGAGAAUUGAUGCUACCAAUUAGCAUGGAUAUAGCAAAGAUCAUAUCAUCCGAUGAUUCCGAUUCGGAAGAGAGUAACGAGGAGGAAGAGGAUGAGAUGCCCGAAGCGCUACCGGAGGCUCAAGAACUGCGAUUAAUAAGACCGCAAGAACGACGGCGACCCGUGUAUGUUACAUCGUUGCGGCCAGCGAGACCAUCCCAUCCGAAUCGAAGGAACGUUUACACAGGUCAAUCAAGAUUGCCCGUCAUACGGCCGUCUAAACGUCCGAACGAUCCGAAGAGAAGGCCCACGGAAAACGAAUGCACUUUCUUUACGAAGACAGUGUGUCUUGAGGCCAAUGAUUAUCCACACGAAGCGAUUAUGAGGAGUUUGAGAUCCAAUAAGGAAAUGGUGGCGGCAUUGUUGACUGACUACAAGGCACAAGAUUAUGGAAGCGAGGAAGAAAAAUUACCGAGUCCCUUGCCUUUGGAGAAUAAAUACGAGAACAGAUACGAGAGCAAUGAGAUUAAAAGAUCCGACAAUCCCUUUGACAAUGUGGAGGAGGGUUUCACUUGUCCAUCGACUGUCAAGUAUGCUCGCCCGCAAUUGGCGAGAGCUGCUUCCGGAGUCUGGAAGUAUAUAAUAAAUACAGGCGAACACACCCAGACGAUACGAUUGGAAAAGUGCUCUAAUCCACAUUCAACCUGCUCGUUCAUCUCCGAAAACUACCGGUCUUCCUGCGUACAAAUUUACAAUUAUCACAGACUAUUGACUUGGGAUCAGAAAUUGGGAUUGCACAUGGAUAUAUUCAAAGUUCCGACUUGCUGUAGCUGUCACGUACACGGCUACUCCGAGAUUUUCCCGCCGCAUCAAAAGGAUCCCCCGAUGAAGACUAAGGAGACAUUCCCAGGUGCGGACUUUGUGACGAUCAAUGAUUCCAAGGACGAUUUCCAAGGCAGUCUCAAUCACAUCAGCAAAUACACUCCCACCUCGAACUACGAUUCCAAUCAUGUCUCCAGCAACAAGAAUCCAGUGCUGGACGUGCAGGUGACGAGCAGGCCCACCUUCACUCUUCCGAGCAGAAACAGACCGAAAAAACCCGCGCCGAUCCCGAGACCAUAUGAUAAAUUACCGCAGCAGCAUGCGCCGAACACGCGAGCACCGGGCUACAAGGGCCCGCUGACUAAAAUCGGCAGACCUAAUCGACCCAAUAGGCCACCCUUUAGACGAGAAUCCACUUCUCACGACGAUUACGCAGAGACUUCCCAUAGUAACUCGACCAUAAACCGAUAUAGUCAACCAUACGACCAGGACGUGGAUGCCACGUCGAGGUUGCAGAACGGAGGCUUCGACGACGAAUACCACGAGCCACAUAGAAGAAUCAAUUAUAACUAUCACCCUAUCAUAGACUUUUUUAAGCCGGAAGCUUCCAUGCUGCAAUCCGCAGAGCCGCAACUCACCGCCCAGCCAGCGACGAUUCAAAGCGACAAUAGCGCGUGGAAGCCGAUGAUAUCUUAGAUAAUAAUGUUCUUCUUUCGGAGUACCUGACAUCUUAUCUUAAUGAAGAUUCCAAAUCACACUUCUCACUUCGCGAGUUUCGUAUUUCUUACGCUAAUCUCUACGAUCGUGAGAAAGUAUUAUUUGUUAGAAAACUAUAUAAUACAUGAUGCUCUGUAAU